AUGCCAAGUCUACUUUGGAUCAAACAGCCACUCCCGAAAUAUCUUCAACAGCCAACGAGCGAUCAUGACCUUCGACCGGUUUUGGGAGUCACAGGUACUUUUGCAAUGAUGGGUGACUCGUCAAACUCAAAAGAUGAACUUGAAAAUGAAAUGCAAACCACUAAAAAUGGCAUCAUUCUCAAUCCACAGCCCUCUAAAAACAAGCGCGACCCUCUCAACUGGCCUAUUUGGCGUCGAGACGUAGCACUUAUUGUGGUGGGAUGGCACUGUUUUGUGGGCGGUGGCCAGACAUCAAUUUUGGCCGCCGGACUGUCUGGACUCGCUAAAGAGUUCGAUCGCUCGUUGAGCCAAAUAUCCUAUUUGAUCGGUGGCAUGAUGCUGGCGUUGGCUGUCGGUUCGGUUGUAGCUUCACCUACAGCUGUUUUAUUUGGUAAAAGGGUUGUGUAUCUCGUUGGCAUCAUCAUCUUUUUCGGUGGAAGCAUCGGUUGUGCUGUGUCACCCAACUACGAGAGUUUUCUGGCCUCGAGAGUUGUUUCGGGACUUGGGGUUGCAACAAUCGAGUCUUUGCCUUCUGCUACGGUGGCAGAAAUCUACUUUGCCCACGAGAGAGCCUACAGAUUAGGCUUUUACACGCUUUUGCUGCUUGGGGGCAAAAAUCUGGUUCCUCUGUUGGCCUCGCUAGUGUUCCAGCAUCUCGAUCGCCACUGGUUGUUUUGGAUUGUAACCAUUAUUGUUGGUAUCAACUUUGUGCUCCAUCUUUUCUUCGUUCCAGAAACGUUUUGGGAUAGGGCUCCUGUUCCCAGCAAACGAUCUCUUGAGGAGACGGCUGUAGCUCGGGCCGCCGACUUAAGUAGCAUAACGAGGGCGCAAUCUAAUGCCAAUUACAACGCCGAUCUCGCUGCGUUGUCGUCGGCGGUUGAUGACGACGCCAGCCUGGCACAGCCAAGGGCCCCUCAGCCGCUCCACUUCGAGGAGGCUGCGCUCAGUGGAGAUCGGCCUCGCCGCCAUUCUCUUUUCAAGGUGCCAUCUGCGGUAAACUCUCUCGCACAAUCCCACUUAACGGUUGGUUUGGGUUUAUUUCACGGAAGACACAGCGAAGACAAAUGGUACAUGGUUAUGGUCCGUCCGUUUAUGCUUUUUACGUAUCCCGCCGUGCUCUUUGGUGCUUUUCUUUAUUCCCUAGCCAUUGUAUGGCUGAUUAUGGUUGCUCAAGUUGUGGAUCGUGUGUUUGCGUCUCCACCUUAUAGCUUUUCGGCCAGUUCUGUGGGUUUGGUGUACAUUUCCCCAUUCAUUGGGGGUGUCUUGGGUUCCAUCUGUGCUGGUACUCUAAGCGAUAAACUAAUUCGACGCAUGGCUAAAGACAACCACGGUGUUUACGAGCCUGAAUUCAGACUAAUUAUGGUAUUUCCAGCGUGCAUUUCUACAGCUUUGGGGCUGAUGGGUUUUGGGUGGUGUACGCAUAACCAAGAUCCCUGGAUUGCUCCAACUAUUUUUUUGGGAGUUGUUGGGUUUGGCUCUGCUUUAGCCAGUACUACUGCCAUCACGUACACGGUGGACUCAUACAAACUCUAUGCCCAGGAGGCACUAGUGACAUUGAAUAUCCUAAAAAACGUCAUGGGCUUUGCGUUUUCGUUUUUUAACACCAACUUCAAUGCAGAGAAGGGCUACAAGACAGCGUUUAUUGUCUACGGGUGUGUUGAACUUUUUGUGGGCCUUUUUGCCAUUCCCCUGUACCAUUACGGCAAAGCUGCUAGGCAUUGGACCGAUCAUAAGGGCCUUCUCGAUUUCACAUAUGUUAGCAAGGAUCUCGGUGAGUCCUCGACUAACGAGGAAGGUUUGGGCAAUGAAAAGAACUAA